CUCAGAGGCUCAGCUAGGCGCGCUGUUCUACUGCAGACCAAGCGGAGCAGCAGCGAGGGACAUGAGCGGAACGGGAGCAAGGCCUGAGAAGAUCCACUCGGCACGGAGAGGUGCACCUAUCCGCUCCACCAGGGCGCUCGCUCCUCGGCCUCGUAUCGCUCUCUCACACGACUUGCACUACCAGGGCGACGUAUCCACCUGCUGCACGUCCAAUCGCUGCAAUGAUACGCUCAAAGAUCACCACUGUCACCGCUGCUGCUGCUGCGAGGGUGGCAUCAGCACGGCCGAUGGUCCGAGAUCUUCGCAGUACCCCCCAACCAUCGGCAGCCCCACCGCAAUCACAAUUGCGAUCACGGACAUUUGCAAGCACUGCGACUCCUGCCCUUGCUUCAUCUUCUUCCUGUUCCUCCUCGUCUUCCCCUCCACCACCCUCUACGCCCGCCUCUGCGCCGGCCUCCUCCACGCAGUCACGAUCAUCUGCCUCAUCUCUUCAAGACGAAGAGUCUUAUCCGCCUCCCUAUUCGUCGUUCUACAACGAGUCGGACCGUAGCAAUGCGACCUCCCCUUCUCAAUCUUCCUCCUCUGCCUCGUCAUCAUCUCCCGACAAGCAAGCACAAUCAUCACCUUUGACGCCCAGCCCAUCCUUCGCGCCUCCCAUCUCCUCGGCUAUGCCCUCGCCAAUCUCCACAUUCGGCGCACCACCAACGCUUCUGCAGCAGUACACAUCCAUCCCGCCUACGAACCUCUCUCUACAAGCCGUCUUGUCCCUUUCUCCCUCCUCAUCCGAAUCCCCAACUCAAGCUCAAGUUCACGCCUCGGCCCUCUUUACAUCCCGCGAGCUGCCCAUCCGAUUGGCUCGGCGAGUAGCCGCUUUCCGCGCUCUCCCGUUCAUCGUGGGGGCGAAUCCGCACAUUGGUAAAGUGGCGAGACUGUAUGCAGACAGCUUCGAGACGUUGGCCACGUGGAGGGAGAGACUAGAGAAAGGGAAUGAAGGAGAAGAAGAGGCAUUUGUAGAGUCGCUGAGGGAGAUGGUGGAAAGACAUAGAGAUAAUGUGCCCAGUCUAGCAAGAGGUUUUUUGGAGUGCGCUUCUUAUGCAUCACCCACUGCUGUAUCUGCAUUCCUGGACGAGGCCAUUCACGCACGAAUCGGUAUCCGCCUAAUCGCCGAACAGCACCUCUCCCUCGCCUCUUCCUACUUUCACUGCCAAGGGUCCAGCAGCUCCCUCGCCUCCUCCUCUAUGCGGUCCACAAAUCCAGACGGUACGGUCCCCCCUCCCAUCGCCUCGCCAGGAACGAUCCACACCGACUUGAGCCCAUACACGGUGCUGCGACACGUAGGCGGCGUGGUGACGGAGCUUUGCCAGUCCACCUUGGGUGUAGCGCCAAAGCUUCUCAUCGAGGGUCACACCUCGGCGACGUAUGUGGGCGUGCCUGUACACCUAGAGUAUGUCCUGACGGAACUCCUGAAGAACUCAUUCCGGGCCAGCGUAGAGCAAUCUCGUCGACGCGCAAAGGAAGGCAAGGGCCGGUCGAGGCGGUACGAGGACUACGAAGAGGAAGAGGUGAAGCCGGUCAAGGUGACCAUUGCCAAGAGCAAGCGACACCUUUCCCUCCGGAUUCGCGACCGUGGGGGUGGUAUCCACCCCAGCGAUCUCAACCGUGUCUUCUCCUACGCCUUUACCACUGCGGGUCGCAAUGCGUCCAAGGGCUCGCCCAGCUCGCAGGAUGCAGAAGCUGGACCGUACUCGAUGCAAGCCAAUGCGGGCUCGGGUGGAGGCGACUCGACCAUCGAUGGUCUUUCAGCUCUAUCGGCUAGUGCUGGACUGCAGUCGAGUGUGGGCACGCUGGCGGGACUGGGGUAUGGACUGCCAAUGGCGAGGCUCUACAGCACCUACUUUGGACAGGGAAGCGAGCUGGGCAUUGUCAGUUUGUGGGGCGAGGGGUGCGAUAGCUUUGUGCGCUUUGCAGCUAAUCCGCUGUGAGGAUACACUAGAUGUGCCGUUAUACCGACCGAUGUUCAUCGUUAAUGCAACGCAAAGUCGUACAAAGCACAGGCACCCUCCCUUCUCCCGGCCGUAUUAAUUCUCCCCCGCCUAUUCUUUGCUCCCACUUGCCCCCCUCUUUCCCGAUUUUGCCGCCUGAUCUGAGCGUCGAGAGAUUCCCGCUCCGCUCCUCUGCUUUUGUUCCCGCACCCGCACCUCGCUUGCGCCUCGGUUGAGAUGCAGGCAGGCAAGGCAGGCUGACCUCAUCUGGAUCUGGGGGGCAAGGGAAAGAAGGAAAACGGGAGGAAC